AUGACUAGUCGCAGCCUCAUUGCGCUUCUCGCGUUCGGUGCCAGCUGCCUUUCGGUUCGCGCAGCACCGCAGUGGGAAGGCGCUGUUACUAUGGUUCGAGAUGUGGCAGUCACCUCGACUCUGCCUCCCGGUGAAGGAGGCUGUCCGGAGACCGCUGUGAAUGGCUGUAUUGUCACAACCGCUACGCAGCAGUCGGUCACCACUGUGACCAACACAUUCCCGGUCUCGGCUCCGAGCAACCUCACUACUUCCAGUUCGCAUACAUCAGCGUUGACGACCUCAGAAUCAUCGCUUCCCAGCAGCAUCCCGAUCCAGACUACUUCGGCCUCUGCUUCUAUCUCUGCUCCUGUCGCGCCCAGCAUACCGCCAUUGUCGACUGGCGCCACCACGCAGCAUACAUCUAAUGCGCCACUCGUUCCGUCGAUCGUCCCGCCACCAUUCCCAAACAGCACUUCUUCGUCUUGGACAAUUCCAAAUCUGCCGACUUCAUCUGGCCUGCUUCCUACCACCAGUAGCAGUCACUCUUUGUGGCCAACUUCUGCUGUGUCAUCUGCUCCGCUUACAACCUUGACUACGCGAAGCACUUCCGAGGUCGUCACAUCUGAGAUUCCGUUCGCCACUUCCAGUGUUCCCGAGCCCGAAGACACCUCCAGGAGCGUGAUCAUGUCGACUCAUUUUGAAACUGAGAUAUUGACCACGAAGACGACUACGACUGAUACGGAGUACCCGCCUGCCACCUCAGUCAUCAACAUCACUACAGGAGUCACUCGGACGGACACCAUCACGACCACAACCACAGACAGUCAGAUUCUUUCUCUGCCAUCUUGUGGCACUGGCGGGUUUGGGCCUGAUGGUCAAUACUACGGCGGUGCAUGCCCUUCGACUUUCGAAACGAUCACUACUUCGUCUUCGUCAAUCUCAGCAAGCGUGGACCCGAUCAACACCUCCACGACUUGCACGGAUGAGAUUUCGAAGGCCGGGCCAACUCAGCCAGUUACGACCAAGCCAUCGAUGAGUGCUGUCCCAGUAGUCGCCACCAAUUCUUCGACAUCGCUAUCCAUCUUGUCUUUCAGCUCCUCGGAGCCGUAG